UGAUGUUUUAAGGUUUGGGUUUUGUUCGGAAGACAGAGAAGAUGUAGACUGUCGCAAACUGUUAUCAGUUGCUGCAAGCGAAUUUAGCUGUAAUUUAUUUUAUUUUUCCUCACUUUUCCAAGAAUAGAAAAGAAGACAAAAACAUUUAGCUUUUCAUAUAUUUUAGUAGCGAGGUGGAGAGUAGAAAGAAAAGGAGGAAGAUUCGGUCAUCUCUUCCUCUGUUCCUUUGUCCAAAAUAACAGAAGUACCCGCCUUUUCAUUUUCCGUUCACCUUCCCAACUCAACUCUUCAAACCUCAAACUCCUCCUUUCAGUCCUCUUCUCCCCUAUAAAAUACCGAACUCCUCCCUCACACCCCCCCUAGCUUCCCUCCUUAACUCUACAGACACAUCUUCUUCUCCGCUUUGCAGCUUCCACCUUCUAGCCAGAGGUUAUGCUAAUCAUGGGGGUAGGAAAAAUAUUGUCCGAGAUGAUGCGGUCAUGUAAAGCAUUAGGCCUAUAAAUGAUCGUGUCUAGAAGAUUGAUGGGGUGUGGGUGAAAGAAUAUUCAAUUUUUCCCUUUGAUGCCAGCAAUCUUGCUGGCAACCAUAUUUUGACAUUAUGAGUCACCAGAGGAGAUUCAAUCCUUGUAAAACCCUAGAGAGUGUGCAUGGCAUCCAUGUUUCCCAGCAUUCUCCGUUUGCUUUGAAACAGAUUGAUCAACAGGGGGCAUUCCCUCAAUCAACUAGUGAAAGUUCAGGCAAAGGACUGGAUCAGCAGCUGUUGAUGCGGAGAGUAUGGCAGCAAAGACCAGGAUGUUUGAGGCCUAUCCAGGGCUGCAUUCAUGGUGAUCAGCAUCUUGCAGAAACAGUUGCCAACGUGAUUACCUCUCUUCCUUUUAUUGUUCUUGGUAUCCAGGCUCCAAGGAAGAACUUGAAUACUAAGUUGUAUGCCAACUCGUUAAUCGGAGUUGGAGUUGUCUCAAGUUUGUAUCAUUCUUCAAGAGGAAAGCUGAGGAAGUACUUGAGAUGGUUUGACUAUACAAUGAUAGCCACAGCGACAGUAUGUUUGUCAAGGGCCCUAAGAAAUGAGAACUCAAAGUAUUUGACGGCUGCAUCUGCAGCAUUAUUGCCCAUCCAGCCUCUGAUGGUCUCUGCUAUUCAUACAGGGAUGAUGGAGGUAGCAUUUGCAAAAAGAGCAUUAAAAGAUCCGGAUCUAAAGAUGGCACAUAAUUUGCAUAAGAUGUCAUCGUUGUUGGGGGGUGUUCUUUUCGUUGCUGAUGAUUGCCUUCCUAGUACUCCUUUUCUUCAUGCUGGUUGGCAUCUUGCUGCAGCUAUUGGUGUCGGCACCUGUAACAAGCUUCUUGAGUAGUGUAUAUAUCUCAGAUCAGUUUCUUAUAAUUCAUUUAUCCAUUGGGAUGCAGUCUCUCCUCAAACCCCAGGACGACUAUAAUUUUUUAUUUUUGGUAAUAGCUCUGUCUUCCUUCAACCAGGUAAGGAGAGGAAGGGAUAGAUUUGCUCUUUUCCGUGAGUAGCAGCUCGACUGUCCAACUAUGGUUGGGUUUCAUAAUUUCUUUCCAUCUGGAUAUCAUGUAGCCAUUCCUAGCAUCUAAAACGAAAUGCAUUUAUAUUCAGCACAAAAUCUAUUUAUCUGAUAUACUAAUUAAAUAUUUGUAGCAUUUUAUGUCUGUAUAUCACAAUCAGCGUUAUGAAAGAGAAUUAUUUCAUCUACUUUAAACCAAA